AUGGCGGGAGGGUUUCUGCUGGAGAUCAGGCGGGGGACGCAGAGCGCCUUGCUGGUUAUCCGGUACGAGAGGGAUCUCCCGGCGUCGCCAGUGGACGUUUGCCUGAGCACGGACCGUUUGGAAAUAAGGAGCGGUGAGAGCUGCGAGGCGGCGGCGCUACCGCCAGAGGUCAGGCUGGCGCCGUCCUCCUGCCGCGGCUUGCGUUGCCUGCCUGGCGACGGCUUCCACCUGCGGCUACGCCUCCGCCGCCCGCUGCCCAGCUCCGAUUUGGUGUUUAAUUUGAGAGAAACCCUGAAACCCCAGAAGAAUUGUGUCUUUUACUGUCAAUCCUGUGGUGACAUCAUAGUAAAAGGCCGGAAAUUUCAGAGAGUUCUCCCUCUACCAAGCGAAGACUGGAGUGCCUUAGUUGAAGAGUGGUGUUGUCACCCUAACCCCUUUGCCAGGAGCACUUUGCACCCUCAGCAUGAUGACUGUUUUCUUGGAGAUACUUUUUUCCUGCUGAGUUCAGAAAAUGAAUCACAUGGGCCUAAAUCUUCCAUGUGCUGCCCAGAGACUGGGCACCACGUGUCUCAGAGUGGCUCCAACUUGAAACCAAAGGAAAAUACCAGAGUAAUUUGUAAGCGCUGCAAGACGAUGCUGGGAGAAAAGGUAUCAUCAGAUACCAUUAAGUAUUAUGUCACUGAGGUACUUAUUCGGCCAUCUGAGGGAAGUUUCAGCCCAACAUCAAGGUCUCAGUUUGUGCAGAGCAUGGUUGCUCAGUGUCUUGUGGAAUUGUCCUCUGCAAAAAGCACUUUUAGAUUCACCAUAAAAGGGGAUAAUGAAAAAGUCUACAUUUUGAUAUGGCUUUUGAAUGCUGACACAUUGCUGGUGGAGUCCUUAGGAAGUUCCUCCUCCCAUGGAGUUUUUACACUGUUUGGAGAUACUUUCAUGCCUAACUCUGGAUCAGUGGGCACCUGGAAUGCUGUCAAAGUCCUUUACCAGCCAUGCAUUAAAAGCAGGAAUAAGGACCUUGCUGAUGCAUGGGAGAAUGAUAUUGGAGUUCAUUCCUUAAAGUUUCCAUCAGAAACAUGUUUGGAAUUGCUGCUGAUACUGGGCUUGAGUACCACCUCUCUGCCACCUUCGCUUCGAUGCAUGAACGCUUUUCAGUUUGAGUAG